GUGGAAACAGGAGAUGUGUUCCUUGUCACAGCAUUGAUGAACAAUGAGACUGUCUUUAGUGCAGAAAUAAACUUAAAUGGUUAGUAUGAUUGUUUAAUUCUGGUUCAUUUGAAAAAAAAGUUGUAAAUUUAUGCAUUUUAUGAGGAAGGGACUUCCUUUUUGAUUGUACAAAAAUAAUCAUCUCUAAUUCUGAAAGUAAUCUGAAUGGUAGCAGAGACCAAUUUUUGUAUGUGGCUCAAAAUAGUGCCUUUUCCCUCUAACUGGGACACUGAUUCAAGUGUUGAUUCACAUCUACAUCUGCCUGUUUGUGCUAUUUUCAUGAAUUCUAGUAGACUUAAUGUGAGCAUCAGGUGAGGUGUUGUUUGCAAGGGUCUUAUCAUUAUUUCUAAAGAGUAAAGCUAUCUACAUGGAUAAAUUCUCUUCCGAUUUGGAAAAUUCUGCAUGAAUCAAUUCACCGUUUAAUGAAGAUUUAUCAGCAGUUAAUGACCUAUUCAAUUCAACUCUUCAAUCUGUAAUGGAUCAUCAUGCUCCCAUUGUCCGUCGAUCCAUUACCUUUCGCCACCAUGCUCCUUGGUUUACAGAUGAAAUUAAGGCUGCUAAGAGAAAGAGGAGAAGGCUGGAAAGACAAUGGCAUACUGAUAGGACUAAUGCCAAGCAUCAGUUGUACACAGAUCAGUGUUGUGUUGUAAAUGACUUGACUUGAAAUGUGAAAGAGGCCUACUACUCAUCAUAUUGAGGCCAAUCAUGGAAACCAGCAAAUGUUGUUUCAAGUGAUUAAUACUUCAUUAUACAGAAAACCUCUCACUCUGAACAGUUCAACUCCUUCUUUACCAACAAGAUACCACUUAUAAGGGAAAGUUUACCUGCUUGCAGUCCUAAUACUUCAAAUCUACCCCCAGAGAAUUCCGCUAUCCUGUGUCCCUGUGAGCUUGUGAUCUUCCAACGUGUCUCUACUGAAUACAUUGCUAAUCUCAUUAGGUCAAUCAAAGUUAAAACCUGUGCUCUGGAUCCUCUGCCAGCUUUUGUCUUAAUGAACUUUGUUUCUAGUAAUUACUGACAUAGUGAAUUGUUCUUUAGAGGGGGCUUUUAUACCUAAUACACUUAAGUGUGCUAUGAUUACUCCACUUUUAAAGGAGUCUAGCUUAGAUCCUGAAGAACUUUCAUCCAUUGUCUAAUCUUCCAUUUAUUUCCAAAUUAAUUGAGAAGACAGUUGUGGCCUAACUUAUGUAGUAUGUUGAUAAGAACAAUCUCAGUGAAAAACUUCAAUCUACCUAUAAGAAACUGCAUAGCAUUGAGACCGCUCUUUUGAAAGUACAGGAUGACAUAUUGCAAGCUGUGGACAAUGGUGGCACCGUAAUUUGGUUACUGCUUGAUUUAUCUGCAGCUUUUGACACUGUUGACCACAGUGUACUACUCCACAGAAGGGGAAGGGAAGGGUCCUCAUGUGGUUCAAAUCCUACAUGGCUAGCUGGAAUCAAUUUGUCUGCCUGAAUGGAACCAGUUCCAGCAGGUCUGAUCUAUUGUAUGGUGUUCCUCAAGGUUCUGUUCUUGGCUCUAUUUUAUAUCUUUUGUAUACGUCUCCUCUUGGUGAAGUUACAAGAAGGCAUAAUAUGAAAUUUCAUUUCUACACAGAUGACUCUCAGGUUUAUUUUUGGUUCGACUCUGAUUUGUCUGUAAUUGUGCCAAGAAUUGAAGUAUGUUUACAUGAUAUUGUGACAUGAAUGUCUUUGAACAAACUUAAACUUAAUGGUGACUAGACAGCUAGAGCUUUUGGUCAUAAGAUUGCAAUAUCGUCCAGUCUCUCAGCUCCUCUCUUUCACAGCGAUUGAUGGUUUAGUUAUAAAUCCCUCUCACACUAGCAGCAACAAAGGUGUUAUUUUUGACAAUAAUUUGAACAUGGAACAAUGAGUGGCUACCAUUUGUAAAUCCACAUUUUUUUAACAAUUGUAAUAUUUCUCAUAUUAGGAAGUUCUUGUCAGCUGAAAGCACCAAAAUGUUAGUGCAUGCCUCCAUAGUGUGUAGAUUGGACAACUCUCUCUGUUAUAUGGACUUCCAAAAUUCUUAAUUUGUAGACUUCAGUUAGUUCAGAACUGUGCAGUAUGUCUAAUCUUAUGUGGAUCUAAAUAUGACUGCAUUACUCCUUUACUGAGAGAACUACACUGGCUUCCCAUAAAGCAGAGGAUUGUUUUCAAAAUCCUACUGUUGACUUUUUAACCUUUAAAUGAUUUAGGUCCUAGCUAUAUUCAUGAUUUGUUGCAAACUUACAAGCCGUAUAGGAAUUUACAAUCAUCAACCAGGAACUUGUUAGUGACACCUAAGGUUAAAAUUUUAUGGUGAUCAUGCUUUUUUCAGUUUGUACCCCUAAACUUUGGAAUAAUCUUCCAGAGCAUAUAAAAUGUAGUUUAAAUCUUACAUCUUUUAAGAAAGAUCUUUUUAAGUGCUAUUUUAAUUUGUAGUUUUGCUGUAGUUUUUUUGAAUUUAUUAUCUACUAAGUUACUGCUUUGAACAUUUUAUUGUAAAGCGCCUUAGAGCUCUAGAAUAGGACACUAUAGAAAUUUUUGUAUCAUUAUUAUCUAAACCUUCACCCUCUUCCUUUUGUUACUUAUUACAUUUCUUGUUUUAUGCCUUGGUACGAUCGGUCCUCGAAUACGCCUGCAUCACUUGGUCUACUAGCCUACCAAUUUACCUCAAGGACAUGAUCGAAAGAGUUCAGAAAAGAGCUCCGCGUAUAUUAUUUCCGGCGCUGAGCUACAAAGACGCCAUUGUGGCUGCAAACUCCACUCGCUUAAAUGUGAGAAGAGACGAACUCUGCAAGAAAGUUUGGGACGGUAUCUGUGUGCCUGGGUCACGGCUGUACCACCUUAUUCCACCAAAGCGCGCCGAUUGCCACGUUUAUGAGUUGCGCAACAAAAACCAUGUAUCACUCUUUAAAUGCCGGACCGAAAGAUUUAAAAAAUCUUUCUUUCCAACAAUGGCGUCUAACGCCCAGUUCUUGUAGUCAAGCAAACCUAAGCGUUUUUCAUUGGUAUAUAACUACUGACUCUUGUAAUUCCCAGUCCCCUUAGACUUUUAAUUUUAAAGUCAAAUGUAAGAUUGUCGUAUUUUUUAAAUAUUUAAAGUAUACUUGUAAAUUCACAUGUAUUUCACCACUGGGGUGCUAUUUUUGAAUACUUUUAAUAAACCCUUCUAUUAUUAAUCUAUUAAUACUUGACAACAUUACAGGUAGAAGAUUUAUGAGAGAAAUCCUGGAUAUUGUAAGUGUUUGCAUAUAAUAUUAAUCUUAUAACUUUAAAAUUUAAAAACUUUUUCAGAAAUUCGGCUCAAGAAGACAUCUGAGUGUUUUGUGCAGUGGAGAAAUCGUAAAUCAAGUAAGUAUUAAUUAAAAGUAAUUUGAAAAAUUGCCUCUCUAACAUGGUUACCUAUUCAUUAUGAGUGAUAUCUUUCAAUUGAUGUUGUUCAAUGUAAAAAUAAUGUUAACCUGAGAAUUUUGGAAAUUUAUUGAAAUCUAUUUUUCCUCUCAGCAAAACCAUGUAAAAUAAUGUAUCAUGAAGUGAUAUGAUUACUGACCUUUUAUAUACUGUGAGAUCAAUCAUGCUCUAAUCUAGGAAUGCUUUUUUUUUAAAAUCUAAUCUAGAUAUGCUUUUUUUAAAUUUUACUAAAUUUGCAGAGAGUCAUGCAUGGGGACUGAACUUUGUAUCAGAAGAAGAAGCUCAGAAGUUCUUAGAUUUUUGCAGUGUAUGUGUCAUUUUUCAGAAUAUCUAUUCAUGAGAGUAUGAUAUUUUAUGUUACAUAUGUCACCUUUUUAUCUCUGUAAGUAAUCAUUUACCAAGCAACAAUCUAGUGGCUGGUAAAGAGUAUUCUUUUAUAUAUUAAUCAUUGUUGCAUUGAACGUAAAAACAAUUAGGUAUAAAUGAUUGUUGACGUGAAAACCAGUGUCAUCAUUAUUGAUUGGAUGUACUGUAAAUAUAGCCAUAGUUUUCUCUGAACAAUGUGUUGUGUUGCUAAUAGCCUGGACGGGUGCGUUCCACAUCAACCACAUCAUCAUCAAAUCUUUCACUGACCAAUCAGCCAAAAUCAGGUGGACAGACCAAGGUAUCUUCUUGUUUCUUUUAGCUUUGUGAUUGUGGGUUUUUUUUUGUUUUUUUGUGAAAGUUGGCUCAGGUUUGUUUCAGUCAAAGUCAAAUUACUACAAUCCACAAGCAGUGAUGGCAUUUAGAAGCUUUUCAAUAAAUUAAUAGAAAUGUUAUUCCUAACUCCGAUCAAAUUAUUUAAACAGCUUCCAAAGCAAAGAAAAGACAGCUAAAAAUGAAGUGUUUUUGUGUUGUCACUUCAGCAUUUGAUACUUAUCCCAUAAACUCCCAGAAGUGAUAAACAUGUAACUUCUCCCUAUUAUAUUCCAUACAUUAUCCAGAAAAUUAAAUGGGUGAUGAAAAUACUCAACUUACCAGGAAGAAUAAAGGGGGUAAGUUUCUAGAGAAACUGUGGUGCCUUGCUGGUGGGAGAGGAUAGCAGGGUAAUUAAGUAUUAUCAACUGAGUUGAUAACAUAAAUUGGCCACCAUAGAGAGUUUUAAAGCUGACAUUUUGAGCUUAGCCCUUUUUCAUUUGCUCUUACAAAGGGCUAAUGCUCAAAACAUCAGCUUUAAAACUCUUUAUGGUGGCCAAUUUAUGUUACCAACUCAGUUGAUAAUACCUAUUUACCCUGUUAUCUGGAAGAAGUUGUUCUCUUGAUCUGACAACAAAUUCUUGUGACUACUUUAUUACAAGGAAAUGUGUAGCAGCUAUAGGGAAGAAUUAACAAUUAGAUCUUGGGAGUUUAAAAAAGCUUGAUGGUAGCAAUCAAAGUCCUUAAGAAGUCUUCAUACUUUGUCAUGGGCUAUUAUAAUAACUAUAAAAGUAACUCUGUGUUUUCUUCAUUUGCAGUUACAAUCAAGGAAAGAUAGCCAAGGGAGUUCUGAUACACCAACAAUCCAGAUUAAUGACACUGAUUUAAAAAACAAAUCUCCAAUCAAUGGUACUCUCUGUAAUAACAUUGGUGACCAUUACCAGUCCAGCAGUACCCUUGUAGCUACAGAAACACAUACUCCUAUCAGUUCUCGCACAAGUACACCAAUACCUCGUUUACAAAGCAAUGGUGACCCUGAUAGUGGAUUUGGCAUGGAGGAUGUUGGUAGUGAUUCACUUGACUCUCGUAAUAUGACACAUAUUUCACCUUCUCAUGAAAACCAUCUUUCUUCACGCUUAUCUGUUGCCAGUGACUCAGAUUACUCAGUUAGUUCCAGGAGUAACUUAUCUGAUGUGGAUGACUUGGAAAUGAGCUACUUUAAGAGUGUUGCUGAUUUGAAUGCUAAUGACAGACCUGUGGUAAGUGGAUGAUUCUGGAAAUUUGUCCUUCAAAUUUUUCUUUUGCUUCCAUUCAGGCAUCCUUCAUGUAAAGCCUGAGGAAUUAAUGAUUUUCCUGAUUUUUUUAGUGAUAUAUUAAAAGUCACUAAGGCACACAAAUCAAUCCACUACUAUACAUGUGUGAAGGUGCCUCUUCUAAGAUGCUUAGGGGCUCUUUGCUGUGGGAAAACUUGGAAGAAAAUAAGACAAAGGAGAAACACAGAGGAGGACAGCUUCAUCAUUCAUCAUCAGUUCAUACUGUGUACAGUCCCUUCUUCCUCAGAUUUUACUUGACAGUUUAAUCUUUGUGCUGAGUAACAUUAGGUUGUUCCUAUGGAGAACUAAAAUCCCAUUAAAACUUGAUUCCACGGUAGAGUGUUACAGACAAUUAAAACUAUGCAAUUUUUUAUAUUUCUUGUUCAAAUUCACACCCACUUUAUCAUGCUUAAAACAUAAUUAUUUUUUUCAUUUCUAGGACAUUUGUGCCUCAUUUCAUGAUGAAGGAGACCUUAAUAGUAGCUGUGGAACAGACUUGAAACCACAGUCAGGAAUUGCUCAGUCACGUCAGGGGGGUGCAACUCGUAAGGCAGGCUGGCUGUCUGUAAAACACGUCCUUGUAAGAGUAAAGACAAGCAAAGUGGAGCAGGCAUCAGAUAGGAAGUGGCGAAAAUGUUGGGUGUCACUCAAAAGUGGUGCCCUGAAUUUUUAUUUUUGCAAUGAAAAGACUGUAAGUCCCCAGGAUUUGGAUGAACCAAAUUUUUCAUUGGAAAUUGAUGGCUGUGUUGCCCAAGCUGUGCCAGAACAUGCCAAGUUAGAUCAUGUGUUUAGUGUUAGCUCCAGACUUGGGGAAGGAUACUUCUUCCAGGUAAAGUUUCUUUCAUCAUUAAAUGAUUGACUACGUUUGAAUUUUUAAGAAUGGAGAAAAUUGUGUCAGGAAAAUAUGUAUGUUUACAAUUCACCUGAACAACCUAACCAUCUUUGAGUGGUAUGAGGGUUAAUUAAGUGUAAGACAUGACAUAAAGGGUUUGGUAUGUAUAUGAAUGAAUAGUAGAACAACAUUGCCCCUCAUCAAAAAACAAUCCAAUUUCCAGCUCUAUAUGAACUUCUUGCAGUGUAGCUGCAACAGCCUUGUUUUUAUUUAGUUUUCUUUAAUUGUAUAUAUGGUAGAAAUUGUGUCCUAGCUUUACCUGCAUUAGAAAAUGUUUGGCACUAGAUCUUAUAUGUUUGUUUUUGUAAUAUGAAACCAAAACAGAAACUAAGAGGAGGUGGUUUGAAAAAUUUUAAAUCAGGGAGACAACUUGGAUGAAAACAAUGAAAUAAUUUUUGUUUCCCAAUUGGUUCCAUUUCAAGGCAUCUAAUCAGACCGAUCUUGAGAACUGGAUAACAGCAAUACAUUCAAUGGCUGCAUCAGUCCUGGCAGGAGCAGGACAGAAGGGAAAGCAUGAAAUGCUACGUAUUCUUACAACAGAGAUCAGUAGAGUUGAAAAGAAAAUAUCUUCGGAUUCCAAACUUAAGAAAAUGGCAGAGUUACAGUCCACUGUUGUUACUGAUUCCAAGAAUAAACAGGCCUUUCUUGAUCAGGUGAACUGUCCAAAGUUAAUGCCAGCUGAAGUUGUAAUACAUGAAUGAAAAUAUUUUUAAUAUACAGGUGACUGCAUGGAAUACAUGGUGUGACUGGUAUGUAGACAUAACUUCAGCACCAAACUUAAUUUCUGGGUCACUGAAAAUUUGUUAAUUGAACACAAGACUUGUUUAGAGUGAAACAAUCUUGGUUCACCUAGAUGUUUGAUUAAUCUCAGCAAUGGUGAAGUAAUCAAUAAAAAUGCAAAUUUUUAAUUUUCAGUGGGUAGCAUUUCAGCCUGAAAUUAUGCCUAUUGCAAAUAACUAAAGAAAAGAGGAUUUCUUCUUUAAAACCUGGGUAAUGAUACCAGUAUUUUGUCUACAGAUAUCAAAGUGGGAUAAAAACUUAGAACAGCUCAACAUUGACUUCUAUCGGCUUCAGUGCUACACAGCAGCCAUCCAAGGCAGCCAAUUACCCAAUCCUCAGACACUUCUAGCUUGUGUUUCAAGAAACACGAAACAGAUCCUUUCAAGACUAAAUAUCUUUUCAGUUAUGUCAUUCCAUGCUGUUGUAAGUGCUAGAGACCCAAGCACUGAUGCAGAAGUAAAAACAAGGAACAAAGCAAAGAGAUCAGCUAGCUCUGUAGGCAAGCUGAAAAGUGCUUUGCUUACAUCACUGAGAAUCAAUGAUGCAGCAAGUGUUAAGUCUAUCAGGGAUCGUUACUCUGGAAAAGGUUCUGAAACACCAAGAUUAAAACGGUAGGAGUGACCACUUCAAAUAAACGUACCCUCAAAGGACUUGUAUUGCCUCUUAAUUGAAUGUUAUUAAUGACUCCCUUUUUUCCCAUAGACAAUUGCAACCGAACUUAGAUAGCAUAGAUGAUAUGCCAGAGGAGGAAGGUGCCUUGGUGGAGAGCAGCUCUUUAUCAUCAAGUCACUCAGACUGGAAAAACCUUGGAAACUUUCUCCGCAUCAGCCUGGAUAACAAUCAAAGCACUGUAAUACCUUUACACAAUGAAAUGACUAUACUAGAGGUGGUUGAAAAUACUUGUAGCAAACGUCAACUGAACCCAGAGGCCUAUUACCUUAAACUCGGAUUAGAAGAUGAUUCAGGUGUAACAGGUAAGGAAAAAAAACUGCUUUUCAGAAAAUGUUAUCAAUAUCAUCUUUUGCUCUCAAUUAAGAAAUUUUCCAAAAUCUAAAGUAGUGAAAGUUAAGCUUAGACAAAGGAUCCGUAAAGCAGUCAAGUGUGCAUCUUUGUUAGUUAUGAUUAAGUAAUGUUUACCCUAAUCAACAUAAGCAUACAAAAUAAGGGUAGCUGUUAAAUGCAAAUAAUAAAACAGUUUAAUGUACUUGUAUGGUCAAAUCGUACUACUAGUAAUGAUUUUUUUAUCUGUAAAAUCUCCAUAAACAAAACACAAUACUAUGAUUAUUUAUAUAGUUUUGUCAAUUUUACUGUGUUGAUUUAUCAAAAUAAAUUCUUUUAACUUUUUUCUUUAUUGCAGACUACACCAUUCCCCUCCAGGAUUCUUUGCUAGAGAGUCAUGUUAGUAAAGCCUUAAGAUACAUAUUAUCUUUUGAUGGUCAAAUGACUUUACCAUUGAAUUAAAAUGGUUGCUCAAGUAUCUUUACUCUUGACUUUAUGAUUUUCUGUCAACAGAACUAUAACUGUCUCAGGUUAUGUGAAAGGUGUACUUUUACUAUAGAGUUGGAACGUUCAAUGGAGAUUGAUAGGCUUGAUUUUGGUAGGUGACAUGUAGACAUCUGAGCAAGUUGUACUUAUGAUUUUUUAUUUUUUAUAAGAUAUGUUUCAUGAAAUAUUUUGGUGCAUAGAAAAUCAUUUAUGUUGUUUUAUUUUUAAUGCAUUUAUCAAGUAUUUGUUUGUCAUUGUGUUGCUCUCUGGGGUGCAAGUUCUUAUUGAGUCAAAUGCUACACAUAUUUUGUUGUUAAUUAAGAUAUUUCACUUCAAAAUAAGGCAUGUAUGGUCAGAACUCUCAAUAAAAAGUUUGUGAUAAAAACUGUGCCUGCUUUCAUGUACAGUAUGUUUUUAUGAGGCACUGCAAUCUAGCAUGUUUGAUUCCUAUAACAUGCUUUUAAAAAUAUUAAAUACAAAUUUUUCAGGUAUAUCAGUGGAGAGUAAGGAUGAAGGCAUUGUGGUUAGCUCAGUUGAGGAAGGGAGAUUAGCACAUGUUCAAGGUAAGCAAAGAACUACAAAAUAAAGAACUCUCAUGAAGGGUUGCCAUUUUGGGAGGCAUUUUAUCUCCUCUUAUGUGGAGUCAAUGAAUACUUAGUGUACAGGUAAAUACUUAUUAGGAACUUGUAAACUGACUAAUAGCAAUUUUUUAUGUCAGGUGUUAGGGCUGGAGAUGAAAUUCUUGCUGUAAAUGAUAUUAAAGUAGAAGAAGUAGAAAAUGCAGUGGAAGAUCUUAGGGAAGCGCUUAAGGGUAUGCAUCACCAUUUGAUUAAUGUCAUUCUUUGAACUAUGAGAUCACACUGGAAUCUUGAUAGCUACAUCAUGUAAACUACAGAAAGGAUCAUGUGAGUUUUUGUUCUUUUCUAGACCCAUCCAUUACCUUGUUACUGCGUUCAUGCCGUGAUGAACCACCAGUGGCAAAUAAGGUGACAUCAGAUGCCAUUAUCACCAGUCUUGUUGUUCAGCCGCCUCCUAAAAUAAGGUAACAACCGAGCAGUUAGCGAAAAAGAGAAGAGGAGGAUUACGCAUUGUUUUACAUUUGCAAGUUGCAUGUAUUGUUGGAUGAGACACAAUGUACAUAUAGACAGAUGAACACUCUAGGACAAUUUGAUGAGAAAAGGGCCAAUAAAAAAGUUUAAGUUGUCAUAUUAUUACAAUGUUUAAUCCUCACGGUAUGGUAUUUAUUACAAGUAGGUUGGGCUCUAAUUUCACUUUAAAUCUUUUGAGCCUUCAUUAGAUUGAUACUUUUCCAUCGGAUGUACUCUGUUUGGAUGUUGGUAAAUGUAAAUUGAUGAUGACAAAUGCUGACAAAUGUUGCUCAAGAAAGUCAACUACACCAAACUUUCAUAUUGUGUAAUAGGGUUGUGGAAAUGCAAACAAUUAGUUACCGUAGAUGUUUAAGGCGCAAGAAUUUUGAUCAUUUUUUGUUGUCACUUUUAACGUUAAUAGCUUCAGUUUUCCUAUUCUUUCAGUGAUACAAUUCCUGAGCAAGAUCUAAGUGACCUUAUUGUUCCUCCACCUCAAUGUGAGUGAUUUUCCCAAGGCUUUUCUUUAUAAAUUGAAGCAGAAAUAUAUAUUUAUGUUUUUGACUCAAGUUUUUAAGUGUGUAUGUGCGUCACCAAAGAUGUCCUUAUGAGGAGUGUCCAAUGUAAGGAACCAAAGAGUUUUUAAUGGAAAAGCUGGAAGGAAUUAAAUUCGUUACAGCUUGGAGUUCUUGAAAAAUAUAGCCGAAAUUUUUACAAAUUCUACAUUAACUAUUAGUUUUUUAAAUGUUCUUCAUUCUUAGCCAUCCUUUUUCCGUCAUGACUAAUAUUUGCUUCUUCUGUGUUUUGAAGUGACUUUAAACAUGGCGAUGUCGUUCCAUAGAGGUUUUAAUUAACACCAAUUUAGGCGAAGUAGUUACCUUCAGAACUAAUUUUGAAAGUAAUUUGGUCUUGCUAUUUAUUUAUGUAUUGUUGUCGUAGCUUUCGACGAAGAUUCUGCAGUGGAUACGGAAAGCGUUAUCACAAGCUAUACCGAAGACCUGAGUAGUCCUUCGUCAAUACCAUCCGGCAAGAGUGUGGACGAACUUCUUCAGGUACCUUCUUUGUCUAGCUUUAAUAAUACAAUAAAAGCUAACCGUAUUGCAGAACCGUCUGCCAGGCGAAACUGCAUUGUUUAGUCAAACUGUAUAUUUACUGGAACUGUCUUAGAUUUUAAAGUCAUGUAGAAUUCAUGUUGUCGUGUUAUAAUUAUGUUGUUAUUUACAAAUGGUGUGCGUGUCGCCUUUCAAAUAAGCUUACCUGCUGCCCAAAACUUCUGGUUAGCGAACAUUUCAGUGCCUUCAUUCGUGGGUUGUCUUUAUUUUGUUGGGUUAAAUGUUAUGUCCAAAACUCGACGAUUAACGACAAUUAACUCUUUCUCUUUCUUGUUCACACACAGCGUGCUGAACAAGUAACGCUGUUCUGUAGGCGGCAGGUGGAAUACUCAGACGACGAAGAACCCAAGCCGAGUGUUCGUCUUAGCCAAGCACAAAAGCUGCGGAAAGUUAUCAUUGAACUUGUCGACACAGAAAGAUCUUACGUGAAGGUAAACAUGAACGACAUCCACAAAUUAUUCUUUCGAAGGAAAAAAAGCAAACUUCUAAAACAAACAAUUGAAAGCAGAGGUCUUGUACAGACAACGUGGUUUUCCCGCCAAAAACUUUCCCGCCGGGGAUUUGACGACGCGGCCACCAAUUCGCGCGAAUAUUCGCGAAUUCGCGCCUCCAUUGUGAAUCAUGCUUAGUUACCUGGCCACUCACCUCUGACGCAGCAAAGUCUCUUUUUUUCCCAGCUAUAAGCAAUCUUUUUGAACAGUGAAAAGCUAUAGACAUAGGAAUUCUUGACUGUAGUGGUGAUUUUUUGCGAUAGUUUUAGCAACAGCUGGUGUUAUCUGUGUUGUGGUUUUGUGUGUGCGUCCAGAUUGCUCAAGUGUUUUUAAUGUCGGCUUCCAUAGUCACGGUCAAAGCUUCAGCUUAUAUGAAGACAAUCUGGUAACAGUUAGUCACUCUUUGUGGUCUACCAGGGCGGUCAUUGGAAUAAUUUCAUGAGUAACUCUCACGUUGGCGAUGAAAACAACAUGGCUUCUAGUGCAUCUUUUUCCUUAAAUGUCCUGCUACAAAGUUUCGUUUGUAUUGAUGUACAACAUUUUCCCUUAAAAAUCAAAAAACGUAUGAAUAAAUAUAUAUUAAUGCUUAAUUUUAGGAUCUGAGACUUUUACUUAAACGUUAUCUUGACCCCAUGAAAGAUGAAAACUUCAUGUCACAAUCAGAGGUAGGCUUAUGCUACAAUUUUCUAGUGAAAAUCGUUCUCUCUCUCUCUCUCUUUCUCGUUCUUUAAGUCAAUUAUUUAAUGGUGUUAUACCAUUUCACUGACGUUUUUUUCAUUCUAAUUCUGCCCCAAUCAAGGUUCAAGCGUUAGUGUCAACUGUUCAUGAUAUAUUAGAGUUUCAAGUGAAAUUCCUUAAGGAAAUUGAAAGGCCAGUAGAAACAGAGACUGGAUUUGAAGAGUUCAGUGCCGUUGAACAGUUUCAGGUAUCUUAGGAGUCUACUUUUUAACUAUGAGGCCAUAACAUGAAAGUGCACUUUUCGAUUGAGUGUUCAACAAACAAAACCGAAGUUACUACCGCGGCCAAUUAGAAAAAAAAAAUGAUGCCAGCACAAGAAGCCGCUAAGGACUCAAUUCAUGUCACGUGCCUUGAGCGCAGGAAAAAAGUAAGCGACCAAGACACGAGUGGUUCUUGUUUUGUAUCUGAUUGGUUGGAAGAGUGGCUCUUGACCAUACUCAUUGUAGUAUUAGAGGAGAAGCAAUAGAAUCCUUAAUCAUUUUCUUCGCUAAAUUGCGUAAAAAUGAAAUUCGACGGGAGAUUCCUUUUUGUGUGGUAAAUUUCGUGAAGAUCUAAUAGGGAUAAGAAUUAAUUAGAACCCUACGCGAGAUUCCCAUAUCUGUAAGGUGUCUUAUUUAGCGUUAUUUUACUUUCAGAACGUUAUAUACACGAUCGGAGAGACAUUUUUCAACUACACGGAACAUUUCAAGCUUUACAGUGCGUUUUGUUCCAGCCACUCAAGGGUUGUUGAACUACUUCAGUCAGGUAUGCAUUACAAAAUAAGAUCCACCGUUUUCAGCGGGUAUUCUGUUCUGUUAGCCCUUCAUCAGAGCGAAAGACGAAGGGUUAACGCUCAAAACGUCAGCUUUGAAACUCUUGACGGUGGCCAAUUUACGUCAACAACUCACUUGAUAUACUAAAUUACCCUGUUACACUCUCCCACUAACGCAGCACCACAGUUUCUUUAGAAACUUACCUCCCUUAUUCUGUUCUGUAGUCUCCUUUGGUCUCGUCACGCAACGCCCUCUCUCUUCCACUGGUGGUGGACAAGAGAACGCGUGGCGAGACCAAACAACGGCUGUGAAGGAGACUAUCUGUUCUGUGAAUGCAAAGAUCAAAGCGAUUUAGAGAUCCAUCUGUCAAUCUACGAUCGUCUCGUUUCCCAGGCAUUAGUCAUAUAUGGAACUACUGGGCUGAGACUCCAUUUUUCCCUUUCACAUUCUUGAUCCCAGAGUCCAAUUUGUUAGUGCGAUGUCUUUCUCCUUUUUUAUUUUCUUUAGUAUUUAGAAAUAGAAACUGCAUGUGACACUUUUUCUUUUAAAUCGCCUGGAAUGGCCCAGGAAACUAUAAAAAUGCUCAAUUUAUUUGUCGCUUGUGGAGAUGGUGAUUGUGUAUUUUUUUUUCCAGGAUCAAACACGGCGCUGCAUGAGUUCCUUCAUGCCCGUAAUCCAAAGAAUCAGCAUUCAGGGACGUUGGAAUCUUACCUUAUCAAGCCAAUUCAGGUAAAAAGAAAAAGUUAUUUUUUACCCAUUUACUACUUCGUAUUAAGCGGCUAAUUAUGUUAAUUAGCCAGUAUUCCUUACCUGCCUACGUAACGUCUUACAGGGUUGGGAUGAAGCUGAGAUUUGGUGUGCCAAAUAUGAAAUUUGCCCUUAAGUAUACUUGUAGCGAAGCUAUGAACUGUUGAAGGAAGAGCUUACUUACUUUCUUUCUUUCUUUUUUUUUUUCGGUAUAUUAUUGUUUUCUUUUUGGUACAACGCUCGUGACUAAUUCCUAACAUCUUUUGUUUGUUCGACGAACGAGUUCAGAAUUUACGAUCUUUCUUAGUUUUUGUUAUACACAAAUUUGCCAUUGAUCUAAUAAAACAUGUUCUUAUUUGCAGCGCGUAGUAAGGUACCCUCUACUAUUGCGGACAAUCUUAAAGCUCCUGGAUAGCUCCAGUGAAGAAUAUAAUUGCCUUUUAGGUAAGGAAUCAUAUGUCUCACCUCAACAACCCAUACGCUGGGGCUUACUUAUCUGGUUAGAUGCAGAUAAGGAUUUCAACAGAUUUUCACAUUUUCAGAGGCUGUGACUGCAAUUGAAAAAGUUGCUGAGCACAUUAACGAGAUGCAGAGGAUUACAGAGCAGUUCUCACCGGUUUUUCAUCAACUGAUUGAAGAGUUUGGAGUAUUCGAGGUAAAUUACAAAUCACGGUUACCUUGGGCUAAUCGUAAAAAAGUAAAAAAGAUACACGCUUGCUUGCGAUGGAUGACCAUGGAAGAAUUUUAGUUAUCUUGAUGGCAAAAAAUAUCCACGUCUAGGUGAGGUAGGCGCAAGAAUUCCAGAUAGUGUGCGAGCUCACCAAACUCGAAGCAGGGCAAACAGAAAGAAACAAACGAUAGCCGUACAUAUUGUUUUUAGUGGCUUAAAUAUCGUAAUGAAAUGGUAGAGCAGGUGCACCUCUUUAAUACUUUCACCCCUUCAUUACAAACUGUUUUCUAUGUUCAGUCAAAAUUGAGACUUAUUUUCUUUUUCAAGUUUACAGACUAACAUUUCAGUAACAAGGACACUCUGCUAUGUCCCCUCGAAGUUCGAUAGUAUUUGUCGGAUUGUUUCCUUGGAAAUUCUCCAUACUCCACGCUGAACUUUUGCUUUACCGUCUCAAUCAUGAAAACAUACUUCCCCUUUAUGUUCCCGAAUCGUUCAUUCAAUUAUUUUUCUCUGGUAGCUUGCUGACGUCAGCAUAGAUCGGCUGACACAUCAUGGGAAAGUUCGUUGGCUCAAUUGCCCGGAUGACCUACUGAAAAGUGGAACGCUUAAAAAGUACCCAGUCUCUCCCAGAAUUGGAAAAAAGAUGACUCCAGGGACCAUGCAUCUUUUCGGUAAGAUAGCAUCGAUAAAGAUAGGUCCGUUAUUUGUAAUGGUGUCUUUUACAAGUAUUGUUUGCUUUGGUUACUGUACUGCCCCUGCUCCUUUGAUUGUGCAGAAGAUAUUUACAUCGUUUUAACCCUCACGUUCCGUAGAAAUAUGUUUUUAGUACGUCUAUCUGGACCUGAAAUUCCGUACUUUGUUCUACCUUCACAACAGCAUUUGAAAAGGUGUUGAUUCUUCUUUACUUGGAGCGGAAACAGAAAAAGAAAGAAAAAGAUCGGGUGAGUCGAAGAUAGGGUUUUGUUGUUCUUGUCUCGCAUUUCCCUAUUCGUACACAUGUACCUUAUUAACAAAGGGGGUAAGUUUCUUAAGAAACUGUAGUGCUGCGUCGGUAGGAGAGUAUAACAAGGUAGUUAGUGUUAUUAACUGAAUUGAAAACGUAAAUUGACCACCGUCAAGAGUUUCAAUGCUGACGUUUCGAGCGUUAGCCCUUCGUCAGAUACUUUAUUAACAGCUGUGUCUAUUUUUCUUUUCAGCCCACUUCUUUAAGAUCAUCGGAUGAAAUCAAAUUUAAAACUAUUAUUCCAGCUUCUUCACUGGUUGUGCGAGACCACUGUUGGUUAAAUGAUGGUAUGUGAUGUAUGUUAACUUGACAUGUAAUAUUCUAUGCUGUCCUUACCGAGGCCACAAAGUGAUUUUCUAAUUUCCUUGGUAAAAUGUUGUUUUUUUCCCUCAUACGUGCGAGGCGAAAUCAGUUGUCAAAUUUCCGAUUUAUGGUUACCCCUUAAACCCCUAAGAGAGAUAAGAACCCUAUUUUCCCAACAGUAUCUACCCUGAAUCAAACAUUAAGGUAACGAGAAUGAAGGAAAUAAUCGCAAACUCAAGAAGAGUAGGAAAUGUAUAGAGAACAGUAUGGAGAGCUUUCAUUCUGAUGCUAGGCCGGUUAAGCGAGUGGUGUUAGUAGUAAAGAAGAUUACAAAUUGACGCUGAAAACAGAUGUUAGGGAAAGGCAAAUACCUUUUAACAUAAUAGACCACGAUUUGUUUGGAAAAUUAUAAUAAGGGGGGAUUUUUUAUAGAGGUUACGAGCUGCCAUACAGCACAGUAUGUCCUCGUGGAAAAGGGAAGUUUCAUUUAUGUCAUUGACAUUUGAUCGGUGUUUCAUGUUUUCAGUCCUGUUUUGGUCAUAAAAUUGUGUUUCCUUUCAGGUCCGGAGCCAAUACAUUCGUGGGAAUUGGUGAACAUUAGCGAUACAGCAGAGAUUGGCAGACAAGAAUGUGCAUAUGUGUUUGCAAACAAGUAAUAUUGAUACUGGUUCAUUUUCAAUUGUACAUUGUAUUGAACUGUCCGUUGGUUGUUGCGAGGGAAAGGACUUUCUCCUUGACAUAUUAAUAUCAAUCUUUUCAUUCACAAGAUCUCAAUAAUAGUUCACCUUUCUUUCUGCUAUAAAUUACUUAUAAUUUAGCUUUGAGAUUUUGUGUUAGAUUUUGCAAUACUCCGUUCUUUUAUAUAUUUUUUUUCUUAUCGUCACUUUCUGCUAGACAAUGGUCUGAUAUUGUAAAGAAAACUCCUUUUUUUCACUCCUGUCUGGAUGUGAAAAGGUCAAUUGAUAAAACACCUUUCGAUCGACUGUCAUAAAACCAAAACAAAAGUGACCACACUGGCCAUUCAGAACGAAUAGAACUAUUAGGAGUCAAUAAGAACUCAAAAUAAAACAAAGAAAGUUGCUGAUGAGCGCAAAAACGCGAGUAUCCAAAUUACGAUUGAACCAAGUAGGGGGGGAGGAGGGGGGAGGAGGUAAGUUUCUAAAGAAGCUAUGAUGCUGCGUCGGUGGAGCGUGUUAUGUGAUUUGGCCACCGUAAAGAACGGUUGGGGAGGCAGGUGUGAGUUUUGUAGACCAAUUACACCGCACUAAGUACGAUCAAACCAAUGUAAAGUCGGAUUACUUUUGUCAGUUGAUCCUUUAAAUUUUUCCCACCAAAGUCGUUGUUUUUAUUUGGAAGAAAUAUUUGAACCAUAACGUAUCCUCAGAGUGGUGACCUUUAAACAAGCGCCCGUUACCGUACUUUUCCGGAGACGGUGUGUGUUGAAAGGUUUCAUGUGACAUUUUUGCAGAACUGCAGAAGAAAAGAGAGAGAUGGUUAAGUGCAUCAAAGAGGCAAUAAAGCGGAGCAUCAAGGCUGGUUAUAAUUUAGCAAACGCCAUUGCGCCAAGAUCGCCAAGCUUCCGACGUAACAACGCAGACGACAAGCUCAAUGCAUCGGAUCCAGGCCCCUUCUUACGUCUCACCAGUGAUCAAUCGUCGCUUUUCCGCCGAUCGUUCAGUCACAAUCCCGAAGGUUUUCGAAAUCGGAGAACAUCGCUCGAGAGCGACGCGACCCAUAGUUCGGAUGGUUCCGGAGAAACCGAGUCCAUCAGCAGUGCUACCACUCGAGAUAGAAAGUACAGUUUGAAGAAAAAGAACAAAGUGGUAUCUCCUUUGGGGUUAGAAGAUGUUCAAAUUAACUUAUAAAAGUUUAAAUGGAUGUCGCAAUUUAUUGCACCAAGUUCAUUCUAAAGAUCUAGAGUUUUAUUUUUCUAUACUGAUUUUACUGUAAAAAGGAAAGAGUAUCGUUGUAAAAAAUACUUCGUUAUUUAUGCAACUAUCGUUGUCGUUGACUUCGAUUUCUUACUUUCAUGUUUCAAAGUUUGACUAACUUUUUAGUGUGAUUCUUUAGUUUGUGUUUUUUUAAAUCUGCAUGAAAAAAAUCGCACUUGAGUUAUUCCUAGAUGACAGGUUACAGUCAGUACUUGUAGCUUUAAUUACUUUAUGCAGAGGGUCUAUGUAUUCAGGCAAGAGAGCGAUGGUAAAUAAUGUUCUUUCUCACCCUGGGCUGCUAUCACAUUACACGAGAAAUCCUGCGUUCUUUUUCUUGUCCCUAAUAAGUUAUUUAUGGGCGGUCUGAAAAGGGUACAUGUAAAGAAGAAAUUUCUACAUAAUCAUAACCGUGGUAAUUUGAACUUUGCGUGUUAAGUCAUGGUGAUUGAUCAGACAAUUUAAUUCUUAAGCAGCUCUUAAGCCUUACAAUUAUGUAGUCGUUGGCUGUGGAGAUAAAGAAUACUUACCCAAAUCGUUGUAAAAUACUGAAUUUCCAAAUGCGAAAAAUUGAAUACAUGGUGAUUGAAUUCACUGUUGUAUUUCUCCUAUCAUAUCUGUGACUUGGUGAGGUGUACUUACUGAAAUGAUCAUCACAAAAACAUGCCCGCUCUUACUUUUUGUUUGUUGGUCUGUUUGUUUUUUGCCUGACCAUGUAUCAGCUUUAAAGGCUUGUUAGAUAAUCUUCCUUUAUGUUUCUGCUCCGCAUAGUACCAAACCAAAACGUCAGCAAGGCGCAAGGUCUUUCCAAAAGUUGCGUUUGCCAUGGAAACCUUCUAAGUAGAAGAUGCAGAUGUAGACGCUAUUUAGUGCUUCUCUUUCUCGUUCCAAAUUUCUUCUUUAUGUACCACCAUGCUUAAGUCCUCAGUGGCAAAUCGUUUCUCAUGGAUCUUGUGUUUGCAAACUCUUUCGGUGUGUUCAAAUUAUUUUGGUAGAUUUGUGGGGUGUCUGUAGGGAUGAUACAUCAAAAUAUGUAACUCAAUAAAUUAUUUGUUCAUAUUU